AGCAGAAAACCCUAUUACUGAGUGAGACGAAUGUCUCCGACGUAUGUUUGUUUGAUAGAGCGGAGUUGUGAAUAGAUUGGGAAAUGUCGAGGUAUAUCUAUGGAGAUCUGAUAUUGGAAGCAUUCAUGGAGUUCCGGCGGCCCAUGGCGCUCGAGGAGGUGAUUGAAUAUGUUGCUGAAAUGACGGAUAGACCUGUUCAAGAGGUACGUCUUAGUGUGGACAACACACUGACAGCUGCCUGGUUGCAUGAUUUUGUGAGGCGCGACGGUGAGCUAUAUUUUCUGGAAUCGAUUGUCAAGCCUGACGUUCAGGCAACCAAGAAUACUAGAUCCAAAGGCUCCGCUACGACGUUCGCUCACUUCACUGGUACCUUCGACACUUGCCGGGGCGGAAGGCGAAUCAGGAAGCAGAGCAGCCGGCGUUGGUGAUCAGAAUAUCUCUAGCAUAUCGAUUGACCUCUUCCCACACAUUCGGACUCAGAGGCGGGGUAGCGACACGUCCAUUGUCUAAGCACAACAGCGACAACAACAACCGGAUGAGAUGCCAAACCAUCCGAUCCUACCUCCAUGACAUCGUUACUAAUUGCGUGCUGUCCGCCGGUCUCUCUCUCUCUGACCUGGAAGG